AUGAAGAACGCCAGCGCUACUACAGACGGGCGUUCCGACUCGCCUGGGCCCCAAAUCAUCCGCCCCAUUCCCCGCCGGCCCUUCAACGCCAAGUUUUCCAGCCCGACGCCGCCGGAAGAGGACGACUAUUCGUCCUUUCCGAGCCCCCAGAUCAGCGCCAGCGACCUCCGCUUCCUCGCUCCUCAAAACCAGAGCGGCAGCCUCACUCCGAACCGAGACGGCACCACCCCGCUCAGUCACACCUCCUCCUACCGGAACUUGACCUCGGGCACUCUCUAUGGCAUCUAUUCCCCUUCAACAACAGGCCCCUUCGACACGGAAGACGACCAGGACCAGGACCAGUACUUUCCCGACGCCACCGAUACCCCCAUCGAGACACCCGCCCCGCGGCCCGGAGGACUGGACGAAGAGACCUACCGGCUGAUGCGCAGCCGCGCCUCCCGCGAGUCUUUUUCCUCCUCGUCCUUCCAGUCCGGGAGCACCAACCUUCUCCUGCCAUCAUCGAUGGGGCCAUCUUCGUCACGGGGGUGGGUGGCUCUGCUGCAGCUCCUCCUGCGCGCCGCGCUGCUGUUCGUGCUCGGGGUCGGCUACGGCGUGCUGGUCACCCGGCUCCCCCGAUCGCAGAAUUGCCAUCAUAAUCACCAGCACCGUCACCUGGCGGCGUAUUACGAGGCCCAGUACGAAUGGCGCUAUCUCGUCUUCUGGGGCGUCGCCGGGGUGGCGCUGGGCAGCUUGCUGCCCUGGUUUGAUCGAUUCUGGGAAGCUUCCGCCGCGCAGAUGAGCCGGGGCGGCGUCGUGCUCCCCCCCCCGUCAUCAAAGGAUGUUGAUGCCCCGAUCACGGAGAAACCCUCGGCGUCCGUGGCGCCCCAGGCCGACUGGGCGCUUGUCGUGCGCGGGAUCGGCGCAUUCGUGGGGAUCGUCUUCGCCAUCCGCAAGCUGCCCUGGGCGUCGACCAUGCAGGUGUCGCUGACGCUAGCGCUGGUGAACCCCUUCCUGUGGUACCUGAUCGACCGCUCCAAGCCCGGGUUCCUGCUCUCUGCUGCCGUGGGGCUGGCCGGGUCGGCUGUGAUGAUGGGGUUGGAUCCGCAUGCGAUGCCCGCUCCGACGACGGCGGCGGCGGCGGCGUCUGCCAGUUCCUCGUCGUCGGCAGCGUCGUUGCUCUCUCGCGCUGAUAAUCCCGCUGGAUUGGCUGGCGGCCAUAGCCAAGGGCUGGCUAGCCAGGAGACGAUCGAGUUGAGCAUCUGGAUGCUGAGCGUGUUGUUCUGCAGCUGUGUGUGUUUUGGGAAUAUCGGCCGCCGACUGGCGCUGAACUCGUCUGCCGCCGGCAGGGGGAGGUGGGGAGGAGUCAGGUGA